CUGCUUUGACUGGAGCAAAAGAGUCUUCAAAUCUUGACACGGGAGCUAACCUUGGUGCUGAAAGCGCUCCGGGCUCUGCAAUCUUUUGAAUCUUAUCGAAGCUUCGGGGCUUCCGUUUCUUUAGCACUUUGCGACCUCCCACCCCUCCACCCCCCCGCCAUUUUCCACCUUUCUUUCAUUUUCACUUUUUCCUUUUCCGGAUAGGAGGGAAAUGUAGCAGACUCGAGCUGUGCUUGUUUGCUGCAUUGAGGUUUGGCCCGGAGCCGUUUGCUUUUAGCACUGCCGCAAGAAAAUUCAUCUCAAAAAAGGAAUGGAGACUUACUGGGGAUAUCAGAGUGGGGCUGGAAGCCCUUAUGCCUACUCAGAGCUGGGUGCCAAUGAGUUUGGUAUCCAAAAUACAAGUUACUAUAAUGAAGAUAUACUGCAUAAGACCAUCCUGGUGGGAGACAGCGGAGUGGGGAAGACAUCACUGUUGGUCCAGUUUGACCAAGGCAAAUUCAUCCCCGGCUCCUUCUCUGCAACUGUUGGAAUUGGAUUUACCGUGAUGCUGCUUGGAGAUUCAGGUGUGGGGAAGACCUGCUUCCUUAUCCAGUUCAAAGAUGGAGCCUUCCUCUCUGGGACCUUCAUAGCUACUGUCGGGAUAGACUUCCGGAAUAAAGUGGUGACUGUGGAUGAUGUAAAAGUGAAACUGCAGAUUUGGGACACGGCCGGUCAGGAAAGGUUCCGGAGUGUAACACACGCGUACUAUCGUGAUGCACAAGCUCUUCUCCUCCUUUAUGAUAUCACCAACAAAGUCUCCUUUGACAGUAUUCGGGCUUGGCUCACAGAAAUCCAUGAAUAUGCCCAAAAGGAUGUGGUUAUCAUGCUUCUAGGUAAUAAGGCUGACAUGAGCGGUGAGCGAGUUAUCAGAACAGAAGAUGGGGAAUCCUUAGCCAGGGAAUAUGGUGUGCCUUUCAUGGAGACUAGUGCCAAGACUGGUAUGAAUGUGGAAUUGGCAUUUCUGGCCAUUGCAAAAGAGAUCAAGCAGCGAGCUGUGAAGCAGCUGGAUGAGCCCAGGUUCCAAAUCCAUGACUACAUUGAGUCGGAGAAGAGGCGGUCCAGCUGCUGUACCUUUCUCUGAAAGAAGAAGAUGCUAAGGCAGUUGGAAAGAUCUACCGCUGAAGAGACCAAGGAGCAGAGGGCUACACAGGAGAUACAGGGAAGGAAUGAAAUUUGGGGGAAUCUACUCCAAAGACAUUACUCUUUAGAGAAUCCUGUACAUAAGAAGUAUAUGUCUGUUUUUGGUUGCCACGUGUGGAUGUGAAGGAAGAGUUACGAAUGUGUG